GUCAGAUGUACAACUGCCUGCACUGAGGACUGCAGCUCACGAGAUGUAACUGCAGAAACAGGAGCCAGUAGUAAUGAUAAUUUAUCAGUAAACUCGACAAGUGGGGACAAAAGCUAUGGAGGUGGAAGAUGGCCCAGGGAUGUGCCACUGUCUGACAGGGCAACAAGAGACUGGACCAACGACACAGAGCCCAGCCCAAUCCAGCAUCUCGAGGCAGAAUAUGUUGGCAUGACUUCUGUCACCUUAAGGUGGGCAGUGAACAACACCAGUUCCAACCCCUACACGUACAGGAUAGAGGUUGUCAAUGGAACCUCUGGCUGGAACGAGACGUCCAACGUCACCCGAGCUGAAAUCAGAGAGCUGCUCCCUGGGACAGUGUACAACUUCACAGUGUUUGCAGUGGUGGAUGGUGGUCAGACUGAAGGAGGAGGAGUGUCCAUAAGCCUGUGUACAGACCUCAGUCCAAUCCAGCAUCUCCAGGCAGAAUAUGUUGGCAUGACUUCUGUCACCUUAAAGUGGGCAGAGGACAACACCAGUUCCAACCCCUACAUGUACAGGAUAGAGGUUGUCAAUGGAACCUCUGGCUGGAACGAGACGUCCAACGUCACCCGAGCUGAAAUCAGAGAGCUGCUCCCUGGGACAAUGUACAACUUCACAGUGUUUGCAGUGGUGGAUGGUGGUCAGACUGAAGGAGAAGGAAAACCCAUUAUCCUGUAUACAAAGCCCAGCCCAGUCCAGAAUCUCAAGGCAGAAUAUGUUGGCUGACUUCUGUCAUCUUGACAUGUGACUUCUGUCACCUUAAGGUGGGCAGUGGACAACACCAGUUCCAACCCCUACACGUACAGGAUAGAGGUUGUCAAUGGAACCUCUGGCUGGAACGAGACGUCCAACGUCACCCGAGCUGAAAUCAGAGAGCUGCUCCCUGGGACAAUGUACAACUUCACAGUGUUUGCUGUGGCCAGUGAUGGUCAGACUGAAGGAGGAGGAGAGACCAUAAGCCAGUAUACAAAGCCCAGCCCAGUCCAGAAUCUCAAGGCAGAAUAUGUUGGCAUGACUUCUGUCAUCUUGACAUGGAUGGUGAUGGACACUGCUGCCAACAACUACACGUACAGGAUAGAGGUUGUCAGUGGAACCUCUGGCUGGAACGAGACGUCCAACGUCACCCGAGCUGAAAUCAGAGAGCUGCUCCCUGGGACAAUGUACAACUUCACAGUGUUUGCUGUAGCCAGUGAUGGUCAGACUGAAGGAGAAGGAAAGCCCAUAAGCCAGUAUACAAAGCCCAGCCCAGUCCAGAAUCUCGAGGCAGAAUAUGUUGGCAUGACUUCUGUGAGCCUGACAUGGAUGGUGAUGGACACUGCUGCCAACUCCUACACAUACAGGAUAGAGGUUGUCAGUGGAACCUCUGGCUGGAACGAGACGUCCAACGUCACCCGAGCUGAAAUCAGAGAGCUGCUCCCUGGGACAAUGUACAACUUCACAGUGUUUGCAGUGGCCAGUGAUGGUCAGACUGAAGGAGAAGGAGAGACCAUAAGCCAGUAUACAAAGCCCAGCCCAGUCCAGAAUCUCAAGGCAGAAUAUGUUGGCAUGACUUCUGUCAUCUUGACAUGGAUGGUGAUGGACACUGCUGCCAACUACACGUACAGGAUAGAGGUUGUCAAUGGAACCUCUGGCUGGAACGAGACGUCCAACGUCACCCGAGCUGAAAUCAGAGAGCUGCUCCCUGGGACAAUGUACAACUUCACAGUGUUUGCAGUGGCCAGUGAUGGUCAGACUGAAGGAGAAGGAGAGACCAUAAGCCAGUGUACAAAGCCCAGCCCAGUCCAGAAUCUCGAGGCAGAAUAUGUUGGCAUGACUUCUAUCACCUUAAGGUGGGCAGUGGACAACACCAGUUCCAACCCCUACACGUACAGGAUAGAGGUUGUCAAUGGAACCUCUGGCUGGAACGAGACGUCCAACGUCACCCGAGCUGAAAUCAGAGAGCUGCUCCCUGGGACAAUGUACAACUUCACAGUGUUUGCAGUGGCCAGUGAUGGUCAGACUGAAGGAGAAGGAGAGACCAUAAGCCUGUGUACAGUUCCUGCCUCAGUGAACUCGUUUCAGUGUGAAUCAGUGGCCAAGCAGUCUUCCCUACUGCUGAAGUGGCAGUGUCCUUCUGGUAACAAUUCUGGCUUCAAAAUUAAAAUAUUUAAUGAUACCUGGGAAAAAGAAGUCCAGGCUGGAUCCUGUGUGAGGGAAGGCUCCGAGGAAACCUUCGAAGCAACAUCUUUGGAUUAUUUCAGCACCUAUAAUGUUACUGUUGCAACUCUUUCAGCUCUUUCUGAAAGCCCUCCAGUGCAGGAGCUGUGUAAUACGAGCAUUACUGACCCGCCUGCUCCAAGCAAAGCUCCUGUAGUCAAGGCAGUCAGUCACAGCUCCUUGUCUGUUGAAUUCUCUGAUUUUGAAUCAGUGAAUGGACCAUUAAAAGCCUAUGCAGUAAUGAUCACAACAGAAGAACAAGGUUGCAGGUCUUUGGAGUCUAAGCUGAACAACACGUACAAAGAUUUCAAGAAGAAGACGACAGUAACCUAUGUAACAUAUGUCAUAGACACAGAGCAGGCAAAAUCACCUUCCUUCCACUCUCAGGAUGGCACGAACGUCGUUAACGUAGGCAAGGGAAACACAGUGUAUGGCUACGAGAACGGGCCCUUGAUCCCACUGGGCUCAUACAGGGCGAGUGUUGCAGGGUUCACUAACAUUACCUUCACUGUGGCCAACAUCAUUGUGGGGGAAGAGAGCUACGUAUCGUUUUCACCCUGUUCUGAGGCAGUUUUGCUACCCCAGGAUCCAGGUGUCAUUGCUGGAGCUGUUAUUGGAUGCCUGUUGGCUCUACUGGCUGUAGUGGCUAUAGGGGGGUUCAUUUUCUGGAGAAGGAGAAGGAAAGAUAAAAGAAAUACUGAAGUGUCCUUUUCUCCAAUUAAAAUCAAGAAAUCUAAAAUGAUUAAAGUGGAGAACUUUGAGUCCUACUUUAAGAAGCAGCAAGCUGACUCCAACUGUGGUUUUGCUGAAGAGUAUGAGGAACUCAAGUCUGCUGGUGUUCAUCAGCCCAAAUUUGCUGCUGAACUUGUUGAGAACAGGGGAAAAAAUAGAUACAACAAUGUCUUACCAUAUGAUAUUUCUCGUGUGAAACUUUCCAGUCAAAGCUCUGUGACUGAUGAUUAUAUUAAUGCAAACUAUAUGCCUGGCUAUAACUCCAAGAAGGCAUUCAUUGCUGCACAGGGUCCUCUGCCCAACACAAUAGAUGAUUUCUGGCGCAUGAUUUGGGAAAAGAAUAUCUACUCUAUUGUUAUGUUGACAAAAUGUGUUGAACAAGCCCGGACAAAAUGUGAGCAAUACUGGCCAGACAAACAAUCCAAGAGCUAUGGUGACAUCAUUGUGACAAUGGUCUCAGAGGUGGUCCUGCCAGAAUGGACAAUAAGGGACUUCACUGUAGAAAAGAGCAACACGCCGGAGAGCCACACGGUGCGCCAGUUCCAUUUCACCUCCUGGCCAGACCACGGGGUGCCAGAGACCACAGACCUUCUCAUCAACUUCAGGCACCUUGUUCAUGAGUACAGCAGUCAGAAUCCAAUCGACUCUCCCACUCUGGUGCACUGCAGCGCUGGCGUGGGGAGGACGGGGACGUUCAUCGCCAUCGACCGCCUGAUCCAGCAGAUGGAGAUGGAGAGCGCCGUGGAUGUGUACGGGGUGGUCUACGACCUGCGCAUGCACCGGCCCCUGAUGGUGCAGACCGAGGACCAGUACGUCUUCCUAAACCAGUGCGUUAUGGAUAUUAUUAGAUCCCAGAAAGAGAAGAAAACUGAUCUUAUUUACCAAAACAUGACAGCAAUGGCAAUCUAUGAAAACUUCACGCCUGGGCCGGGCUUUGGGAAGGCCAACGGCUACCACGCCUAG